GACGUGCGCCGUCUUGUCGUUUUCACCAGCUCCUCAAUCCACUCUCUACUUUCACGUUAUAAAACUUCGAAAACAACAAUCAUCAAAUCCACGCUUCCUACCGUCACCCUCACUCCGCCCCCUCUGUAUUCAGUAUAUUACCCUCCAUAUCCUUCUGCUGCUCCAUUUCCCUUUUACUAUUUUCUCGGGAAACUGACGGAAAGAGCCGGAAAGUGAGAGGCCGGGCGGGCCUGCAGUUUCAACCCAAGUUUAGACGGAUAACUGAGACCUUCUUGCUGUAUGUCAGUAGAAUUCUACAGUGACAAAUACUACGGUGGAUACGGUGAGCUUGCUAACCCUUUGCAAUGGCCACAACUCAGGAAAAAGCGACGGCUUGUUGCAACUCCAACACCAAAACCGACACCACCGAGAAACCUUCCUCCGCCACCACUCCUUUGCUUCGGAGAGCUACGGAGCUGCUGCGCGAUUGGGGUGAUUCCUCCGAGGAUCCGGCCCGCGGCAAGAGAUUGCCCAUGGCAACACUGAUCCGACCCGUUGAGUCCCUAGCGGAUUCUCCUCCCAAGGCUACUUCCACUUCUGCCAAAGGAAUUCAAAUAAUGCCUAGAGCUCAAACAAGCCACCCCUUGGACCCUUUAUCAGCUGCUGAGAUCUCUGUGGCGGUGGCAACUGUUAGGGCAGCUGGAGCAACUGCCGAGGUGAGAGAUAGCAUGCGCUUUAUUGAGGUGGCUCUGGUGGAACCUAGUAAGCAGGUUGUUGCCUUGGCAGACGCUUAUUUCUUCCCUCCUUUCCAGCCAUCUUUACUUCCCAGGACAAAAGGUGGACCCGUCAUUCCUACCAAACUUCCUCCACGACAAGCAAGGCUUGUCGUCUACAACAAAAGGUCCAAUGAAACCAGUGUUUGGACAGUUGAAUUAUUAGAAGUUCAUGCGGCAACUCGAGGUGGUCACCACAGGGGAAAAGUCAUUUCAUCCCGAGUUGUUCCAAAUGUUCAACCUCCCAUGGAUGCUGUUGAAUAUGCUGAAUGUGAAGCUGUUGGAGUUCGAAGGCAAAGUAAUUUGAGAGUAUCUGAGGCAAUUACAGAUUAUGUUGCUUCUUUCGAGCUCCAAGAGAUCAUUAUACCACCAAGGUACAAGAUGAUGGUUGUUGUGGAUAAGGAGCAAUAUGACUGGCUUCCUAGUCAGAGUCUGGGAGUUACAUUGAUGAAGGGAGCCUUGAACUUAUGA